CCCAAAUUUCCAUAAAAAAAUGACACUAACAAAACCUCUUUUAGAAUGAAUUUAUAAUAUUAUGAAGCCAGAAUUCAAGAACCCACUAUUCUUGACUACUUAAAAGGUGAAUUUAGCAAAGAAAGAAAAUCAUGGCCUUCCAAAAAGAAUACCUUGAUUUGAUAUUGGUGCCUAGUGGUUUGUUAAUCGUGUUUGCUUACCAUCUGUUCCUUCUUUACAGAUACCUUAAUCUCCCUCACACCACAGUCAUGGGCUUUGAAAACAAUGACAAAAGAGCUUGGGUGGAGAGAAUUAUGCAGGCCAAUAAAAGAGAUAUUGGUAUGGCUCUAACAGUGAUAACUUCAAAUACAUCAGCAGCAACUUUUCUAGCUUCAAUUUCUUUAACUUUCAGUUCACUGAUAGGAGCUUGGCUGGGAAACUCCUCUAAUAGCGUUUUCCAAAGUGAAUUAAUUUAUGGUGAUACAAGAUCAUUCACUAUUUCGAUUAAGUACAUAAGCCUUCUCACUUGUUUUCUUUUAGCUUUUUCGUUCUUUAUUCAAUCUGCAAGGCAUUUUGUGCAUGCUAACUAUCUAAUAAGCACACCAGACAGUGACAUACCUGUGAAAAAUGUUGAGGUGGCUGUCAUAAGAGGAAGUGAUUUUUGGUCACUUGGACUCAGAGCAUUAUAUUUUGCUCUUAAUUUGUUACUUUGGUUUUUUGGUCCCAUACCCAUGUUUAUUUCUUCUAUUAUUAUAGUCAUUGUCCUCCAUUACCUUGAUACCAAUUCGACUCCCUUGCACCGGCAUAGGUUUCCGGCGAGCCAGAUUAUCAAAAGGGCUGGUGAUAGAUUAACUGAGGUAGCUGUUGACACUCAGCAUCUUGUAUAAAGUUAAUAAUUAAUUCAUUUAAGUUGUAAUUUUUAAAUAUAAUCUUAAGGUGGUUCAAUUGUUCAAGUUAGAACCAAAUCCAC